CCCCACGAGUCUCGCGCCCCCACGAGUCUCGCGACGUUUGCCCGGGGGCUCGCGCCAGCCGUCGUCGCCGGAGGCCGAACUGGGGCUCGAAGAUGUCCAGCGGCGACAGGGAGCCGUUUUUUGUGAAAUUUGUAAAGUCUCAGGACAACAGUGAAUUUUUUUUUACCGCUCUUGAGUCUAUAAAAGAAUUCCAGUCAGAAGAGUAUCUCCAGACUAUUACAGAAGAAGAGGCCCUCAGAAUAAAAGAGAAUGACAGAUCACUUUAUAUCUGUGACCCAUUUGGUGGCUACGUCUUCGAUCACCUCAAAAAGCUUGGCUGUAGAAUCGUCGGACCUCAAGUAGUCAUAUUUUGUAUGCAGCACCAGCGAUGUGUCCCAAGAGCAGACUAUCCAGUGUUUAAUAUGAUUAUGGCAGAUGUAACUAUCUCCUGUACCAGUCUUGACAAAGAAACAAGGGAAGAAAUUCACAGAUAUGUUCAGAUGAUGGGUGGACGAGUGUAUAGAGAUCUUAAUGUAUCCGUAACUCAUCUUAUUGCUGGAGAAGUUGGCAGCAAAAAAUACUUAGUAGCUGCUAGCUUAAAGAAACCUAUCAUGCGCCCUUCUUGGAUAAAAGCGCUAUGGGAGAAGUCACAAGAAAACAGUAUUAUCAGAUGUAAGGAUGUAGACCCAGAAGAGUUUCGGUGCCCUUUAUUCCUUGGCUGCACAAUUUGUGUGACUGGUUUAAGUAGUCUGGACAGGAAGGAGGUUCAGCGACUUACGAUAGAACACGGCGGCCAGUACAUGGGCCAACUAAAGAUGAAUGAAACCACUCAUCUUGUGGUGCAAGAACCAAAAGGCCAGAAAUACGAAUGCGCCAAAAGAUGGAAUGUACAUUGUGUGACCAUCCAGUGGUUUUUCGACAGUAUUGAGAGAGGUUUUUGUCAAGAUGAGGUUAUGUAUAAGACAGAACCCAGGCCCGAAACAAAGAACAUGCCAGAUACUUCAACUCCCACUGGCCAGACCAACAAAGCCGAUAGUCGUACCCUUUCAGAUGUCAGCCAUAUUUCUAAUAUCAAUUCAAGUUGCAUAAAUGAGUCUGCAUUUACCUCUGCUCUAAACAGCAAAUUGGAUUCUCUCCUGGAGGAUUUAGAAAAUCUGGAUGUCAGCACUGUACAAGCACCAGAAGAUUUACUGGAUGGUUGCCGAAUAUACCUUUGUGGCUUCAGUGGCCGAAAAUUAGAUAAGCUGAGAAGACUUAUUAAUUGUGGUGGUGGAGUUCGUUUUAAUCAGCUCAGUGAAGAUGUCACUCAUGUCAUUAUAGGAGACUUUGAUGAUGAACUGAAGCACUUCUGGAAUAAGUCAACGCACAGGCCAUAUGUAGUGGGAGCGAAAUGGCUGCUGGAGUGCUUCAGUAAGGGCUAUCUGCUUUCCGAGGAGCCAUAUGUUCACGUGAACUACCGAGCAGUGGAAAUUUCCAUUUCAGAGCAACCUGGAAUCAAACCUGCCCUUUCCAAAAGAAAGAGCAAUUCACCUAAGGAAGAGUCUGUGGCCUCUGAGGUGCAGCAGCAGGCAGAUGACGACCUACUCUCUCAAUAUGAGAAAAAUGACUUGACAUUAGGUGUAGCUGAGAAAUCUGAAGCUGGGAAAUAUAACGAUUCUACUCAUAUCCUUUGGAGAGAGGAGGAUCGAUCUUCCAGUCGCAAUUACCUUCCUGAGGCCUGUUCGAUUAUUGAAAGCGGGUUGUUCAGCAAGAAAAGGUUCCUCGUUGUGGGUUUUUCCGAAGAUGAUGAGCCUUGUAUUUCAGAUGCUAUAAGAGAAAAUGCUGGGAAAGUUGUGUCCCUCCAGAAAAGAAUCAUUGCUGACUAUGCUGUGGUUCCUUUACUGGGGUGUAAAGUGGAGUCAACUGUAGGAGAAGUGGUUACAAACACAUGGCUGGGUAUGUGCAUUGAGCAUCAGAUCUUGUUGGACCCAGAGUCAAAUCCUCUUUUCACGCCACUACCAGUAAUGGAAGGGAAAACCCCUUUAGAAGACUGUGUUCUUUCAUUCAGCCAAUUUACCGGGGCAGAGAGAGACUCCUUGGUCUACUUGGCAAAUCUGCUUGGAGCAAGAGUUCAAGAGUUCUUCGUCCGCAAAGCUAAUCCCAAAAAAGGCAUGUUUGCCAGUACCCACCUUGUGCUGAAAGAACCCGAGGGUUCCAAAUAUGAAGCAGCAAAAAAGUGGAAAUUACCCGCAAUCACUGUGCCUUGGCUAUUACAAUCUGCGAGGACGGGAAAGAAAGCUGAAGAAAGCAAGUUUCUGGUUGAGAAAGCGUCUGCCGAAGAAGAAAGUUUUCCAAGUCAGAGACCAGCAGAUCAGGCUAAAGUGCGUUCAGGCACGCCAGAGAAAUCUACCACAGUCUUUGACGGCAAAAGAAAUUCGGCCGUGACACCUUUGGAUAUGAACAGGUUUCAGAGUAAGGCUUUUCAUACGGUGCUGUCACAGCAAGCCAGGAAAACCUCAGUUUCCGUAGAAGGAAAACCACUUCAGAAGGAACCGUCACUACACCUAGACACACCAUCAAAAUUUCUGUCCAAAGACAAGCUCUUCAAGCCUUCAUUUGAUGUGAAGGAUGCCUUGGCAGUUUUGGAAACUCCAAGAGGAUCUAGCCAGAGAAACAGGAAGCUGAGCACCCCUCUCUCAGAAGUCAUUGGCAGGAACCUGAAACUGGCCGUCGCAAAUAGCACUCGUCAUGCAGCAGCUCUCUCCGCGAGCCCUCCGCUGAAGGAUGCCCAACUGGAAGAGUCCAUACAGAAAGAAGAAUUCAAACCAUUAACUGAUGUAGUGAUAUGCGUCAGUAAGAAACUCAGAAAGAAGCAGAGCGAGCUGAAUGGUAUUGCAGCGUCUCUAGGAGCGGAUUACAGGUGGAGUUUUGAUGAAACAGUGACACAUUUCAUCUACCAAGGGCGACAGAACGACAGUAAUCGAGAAUAUAGAUCUGUUAAAGAACGAGGAGUACACAUCGUUUCUGAACACUGGCUUUUAGAAAGUGCCCAAGAAUACAAACGCCUUCCUGAGUCUCUUUACCCACACACCUACAAUCCCAAAAUGAGCCUGGAUAUAAGUGCAACGCAAGAUGAAAGGCUCUAUACCAGUCAGCUGUCAUCGUCUGAUAAAAUACCAAAGGAUAAUGAGCCUGAGUCUUUAUCUAUGGAGGUGAAGAACGUAGAAGACGGACCCUCCGAUCUGAUGGAGGUGGAGACCGCAAAUGAAAAUCAACCGAAUCCCAAAGGAGUGCUCACACAGACCCUGGAAAUGAGGGAAAACUUCCAGAAGCAGCUGCAAGAAAUCAUGUCUGCGACGUCAAUAGCGAAGCCCCAAGGGCAAAGGGGCUCCCUCUCCAGAAAUGGCUGUGACAGCGCUCCUUCAACUCCAGACAGUGCACGUUCUGCCCGAAGUAAUCGCACCCGAGCCUUGGAAGUGCUAAGACAGCCUCAGCAGACCCUAACCGAUCUCAACACCGAGCCCUCCCAGAGUGAACAGAUCAUUUGGGAUGAUCCUACAGCGCGGGAGGAAAGGGCGAGGCUUGCCAGCAACCUGCAGUGGCCCACCAGUCCCGCGCGACACUCGGAGCUUCCAGCCGACGCGACAAACCUGGACAACUCCCCGCUUACGGACUCCUUGCAUGAUUCUGAAAUUUCCGAACUGGCUGCUGCUGAUCCCGAAAAAGCGUGGGACCCUGACGACCCGAAGGACCAGAUCUCUGAAGAACCAGAAACUACAAUAAAAGAUGCUCAUCUGAUCCCUACACCACAAGCCCCCAGCAUUGCUUUCCCCCUAGCCAACCCACCUGUGGCUCCGCAACCCAAGCAGAUGGCAAUACAGGAAAAGGAGACGCAUGAAGAGUUGACGAAACAGUACAUAUUCCAACUGUCCUCUCUUAAUCCUCAAGAACGAAUCGACUAUUGCCAGCUGAUCGAGGAACUAGGUGGGCUGGUGCUGGAAAAGCAGUGCUUCGAUGCAAGCUGCACACACAUCAUUGUGGGUCAUCCGCUUCGAAACGAGAAGUAUCUGGCUUCGAUGGCCGCCGGCAAGUGGGUCCUUCAUCGCUCCUACCUCGAAGCGUGUAGGACUUCUGGGUGCUUUGUGCAGGAGGAAGAUUACGAAUGGGGAAGUAGUUCCAUACUUGAUGUUCUGACCGGAAUCAACCUCCAGCAGAGGAAAUUAGCACUUGCAGCAAUGAGAUGGAGGAAAAAAAUCCAGAGACGACAAGAAGAAGCAGGCAUUGUUGAGGGGGCAUUUAGUGGCUGGAGAGUCGUUUUAAACGUUGACCAGUCCAGAGAAGCAGGAUUCAAGCGUCUUCUUCAGUCAGGAGGGGCAAAGGUCCUGCCGGGCCACUCCCCGUCGCUGUUUAAGGAAGCCACGCACCUCUUCGCAGACUUCAGCAAACUGAAACCAGACGACACCAGAGUGAACGUGACGGAAGCCACCGCCCAGAAAGUCAGCUGCUUGAAGCCGGAAUACAUUGCGGAUUAUCUCAUGCAGGAGUUGCCCCCUCCAAUGGAGAAUUACUGCCUUCCUGGAGCAGUUGUUCCUCAGAACAGAAAGGAACUUGAUCCAGGUUUCUCCCAGAAGAGAAAGGCGCCUGCUGAAAAGAAUAAAGUCAAGUGCCCCCGGCUACACUGAAAAGCCCCCCGCCCCUUGGUAACGUCUUAGCUUACCUCCUUCCCCAAAUAUGAAUUUUUACAUUUUGAAUUUCUGCAACCAUCAGUCUCUGAAAAACUUUUCACGGCCUCUCCUGCCACCUAAACGCGCAUUGACGCUGUUAUCGGACCAUUGGUUUGCAGGAGAGCCCGUACGUCGCGUCCUUUGCUGCGCACGUGCUCAACUCUGCGCAGCCGACGCAGUGUUGAAGGCUUUCGUGGGUUAGUUCUCCAAACCCCCAGGAAGAUGAAAUGCAGCAACGGGCAAGCAGUUAAGUUAUACAGUGUACUAUAUAUAGAUGUAUUUUUUUUUGCCCCCUAACAUUUGUCUACUUCCACUGCAAAGCACAUUCAACAUGUAGAUAUCGAAAUAAAUU